CGGAAGCAACACGCGUAUGUUGUCCGCACGCGGUGUCGUAAAACCUAAAUAAUCACGUUCAACACAGUAUCCGAUCGAAACGAAAUUGUUUACAAAAAGGUAAUCGUGUGUCGUGUUCGUUUGGAAACAGCUAUUGUUUGAUCUUAUUGGAGUUGUUGUUAGCGAAACUUGUGAUACUGAAAGGUCAAUGUUUUACUGCUAACUGAACUUGAUAAUGGAUACGAAGGAUCUAAGUUAUACGAACUAAGUAUGGCCGGUCCAGAUAAAAUGGAUAGAGCUGCUUUUCGACGAUGAUGCUAAUAUUUUACUUGGCAAAAAUGUUGGAAAUACCAGACAAUAUAUCCGAAGCCAGCUUCGUAACAAGCGUAGAAGAAGCGUCUCGGAUAGAUCAAUGUACUCAGACUCCGCCGUGUGGGAAGUCAAAGCCGCGCUCAUUACUACGAUACAACACUACCGACCACUUGUACGAGAGACAUCGGCCUUACAGACUGAAGGAUUACAGACCGAAGAGUUUGGGCGUCUGCGAGUCCUAUCAAUGUCUCGGAAAGCCGCCGAGCUAUGACAGUGGAAGUCAGGCAAAAGUCAAGGUGACGGCAGCGGACAGUCCCGCUAUAUCAGUGACCCCGCCUCACAGCUUGGAGUACGAUUGUCCGAAGGGUAUCAACACUCCAAACGGGAGUGUCACGCCAACCGGCAUGUUGACCAACAAGUCAACCACCACGGUGCUUUUAAGCCCGGGCUACUUGCAAAGUCCUUGCCAAUGUAACCAAUCGAUUAGGAGUACGAGCGAAGUAGCACUAGCGAUGCCAGUUACUGGAUAUAACGAAGAGGUUCCCGGCCCCGCGUCACCAGAUGGAUUGUCCUGGAGAAGAUUACACAUGUCCAGAGCCAAACUCAAAGCCACUGCUACUACCUCCGAACUAUUAUCAGGUUUCGCAAUGGUAGCGAUGGUGGAACUCCAAAUCAACGAGCCAACGAACGUUCCGGAAUGGCUAUUCGUCAUGUUCGCUGUUUGCACCACCGUUUUAGUGGCAGUUCAUAUAUUCGCCCUCAUGAUAUCUACGUACCUGCUGCCAAAUAUAGACGCUGUCAGCAAGAUGGACAACUCGCCCGGGGCGCCGGCGCGCGCCUUGCGGGACUCCCCCCACGAGAGGAUGAGAGGCUUCAUCGAACUAGCUUGGGCCUUCAGUACUGUCUUAGGUUUAUUUCUAUUCUUAGUGGAAAUAGCUAUUCUCUGUUGGGUAAAGUUUUGGGACUACUCCUUUGCUGCGGCAACUGCAGCCACCGUUAUCGUUAUUCCAGUAUUAAUUGUCUUCGUUGCAUUUGCGAUUCAUUUCUACCACUCCUUGGUCGUGCAGAAGUGUGAGACAUCAGUUCAAGACAUCAAACAACUUGAAAAUAUGAAAAGGGAUCUAGACACCGCAACUGUUAAAGUUAAUAUGUACCAAUGAUUCUGAUAUGAAAUAUCAAAAACAUGUUAGUGCAAAAAAUCAUUGUGUAAUAGAAAAACUAAGUAAAGUAUGUAAUUAUUCAAAAUAUGUAAUUUGUUAUAAUACGAACUUUUAUGAUGUUAAUAUUGAAAAAAAACUGUGAUGUUUCGUUGUCUAUGGUUUAAAUAUAUAUAACCUAUAAUUGUCAGGUCAUAGAUAAUUUGGAUUUUUGUGAUUGUACAAUAAUAAUUGAUUGUAUUAUUUUUAUUCUGAAAAAUAUCAAUCAAUUAUUAUUUCACAAUAUAUUUAACAGUAAAAAGAUGGAACGUUUUCAUAUACUUUCAAAAAAUUUGAAAAUAUUUUAAGUGUUAUGUAAUUAAACAAAAUAAAUCUAAAAUGUAGUCCACAUUUCAGAUUUUUUUCUGACCAAUAAAGUUAGCAAUUGGUCGCUAUUGGCCGUAUCAAAUUAUAACGAAGUAUUUAUCGAUGUAAAAUUUUAAUUUAAUAGAAACGUAGUUAGAAAAUAUUGUACCGAACCGAGAAUAGUUUAGAAUUCGAAUGUAACAGAUAAUAAAUCGAAUUUUACUAUUGUGAUCAUAAAUAGUACUAUUUAUACCAAGUCUCAAAAUCGUUGAUUAUUUAAAAGACUAUAAAAAAUUAAAAAUAUUUAUUGUGUCUGACCUAUUGUGCUAUGCUUUGUAGUAUUAUUAAAAUUAUUUUAAAUAAUUUAAUAGUGCAAUCUUAGUUUCUCGUAAGACUGUAAUAUUUAUUGUGUAUAGAAUAUUAUA